GGACUUGAACCCAGGCCCCUUGGUUCCUGAGGUCGGGCUCCCCCUGAAGGCGUGCAGAGCAGCGGUUCCCGCCGCUGUCGCUGCCCACAAGGUCGAAGGAGACGCUGUCCGUGGGGCACGUUGCGGGUGGCACGGUGUUUUGCAGACACGGGUGAUCGUCCGUGGCAAUCAGGCAGCGCCCUGCAAGUGACAUGACCGCACUCGACGACCCUGCUCCUGCCCCCUGCUCCUCGCCGUCCUUCCCGACGCCCAGCAUGCUGCGCCCGCCCCACGCCCAGGCGCGCUGACCAUGAGCCUCAACUCCUCGCUGGGCCACCGGAAGGAGCUGAGCAACCUCACGGAGGCAGCGGCGGCCGGCGGGGGCGUCGUGGUGGCCGAGUUCAUCGCCAUCGUCGCCAUCACCAUCUUCGUCUGCCUGGGCAACCUGGUCGUCGUGGUGACCCUGUACAAGAAGUCCUACCUCCUCACCCUCAGCAACAAGUUCGUCUUCAGCCUGACCCUGUCCAACUUCCUGCUGUCCCUGCUGGUGCUGCCCUUCGUGGUGACCAGCUCCGUCCGGCGGCGAUGGGUCUUCGGGGUGGUCUGGUGCAACUUCUCCGCCCUGCUGUACCUGCUCAUCAGCUCGGCCAGCAUGCUGACCCUCGGGGUCAUCGCCAUCGACCGCUACUACGCCGUCCUGUACCCCAUGGUGUACCCCACGAAGAUCACGGGGAACCGCGCCGUGCUGGUGCUCGUGUACAUCUGGCUUCACUCGCUGGUCGGCUGCCUGCCGCCCCUGUUUGGCUGGUCGUCGGUGGAGUUUGACGAGUUCAAGUGGAUGUGCGUGGCCGCCUGGCACCGGGAGCCCGGCUACACGGCCUUCUGGCAGAUCUGGUGCGCCCUGUUCCCCUUCCUGGUCAUGCUCGUGUGCUACGGCUUCAUCUUCCGCGUGGCCAGGGUCAAGGCCCGCAAGGUGCACUGCGGCGCCGUGGUCGUGGCGGAGGGCGACGCCCAGCGGCCCGGGCGGAAGAACUCCAGCACCUCCACCUCCUCCUCGGGCAGCCGCCGGACCGCCCUCCAGGGCGUCGUGUACUCGGCCAACCAGUGCAAAGCCCUCGUCACCAUCCUGGUGGUCAUCGGGGCCUUCAUGGCCACCUGGGGCCCCUACCUGGGCGUCAUCACCUCGGAGGCCCUGUGGGGCGAGCACUGCGUCUCCCCGAGCCUGGAGACCUGGGCCACGUGGCUGAGCUUCACCAGCGCCGCCUGCCACCCGCUCAUCUACGGGCUGUGGAACAAGACCGUGCGCAAGGAGCUGCUGGGCCUGUGCUUCGGGGACCGGUACUACCGGGAGCCCUUCGUCCAGCGGCAGAGGACGUCCCGGCUGUUCAGCAUCUCCAACAGGAUCACAGACCUGGGCCUGUCCCCACACCUCACGGCACUGAUGGCCGGCGGCCAGCCCCUGGGGAACAGCAGCAGCACGGGGGACACCGGCUUCAGCUGCUCUCAGGACUCAGGGACGGAUGUGAUGCUGCUGGAGGACUGCGUGUCUGAGGACCAGCCCCCCGCCCACUGCACGUGCCCCCCCAAGAGGAGGAGCUCCGUGACCUUCGAGGAUGAAGUGGAGCAGAUCAAAGGGUCCUCCUCCCUCGAGUCCUCGGCCUCCCAGCCGACCGACCAGGCGGCCGCCAGACGGGGCGGGCCAGGGCCGCCGGACUCCACGCAGGCACACGUGUCCUCAGACCGGCUCUGUCCGCCCCAGAAAGCUGCCCGGAAUCCGGUCCUCCACGUGAAAGCCGAUGUGCACAAGUCCCUGGACAGCUACGCAGACAGCCUGGCCAAAGCCAUAGAGGCCGAAGCCAAGGUCAACCUGUUCGGAGAGGAGGCUCUGCCCGGGGUCUUGCUGGUGGCCAGGACUGUCCCCGGGGCCGGCUUCGGGGGCCGCCAGGGCAGCCGAGUGCCCGUGAGUCAGCGGCACCAGCUGCAGAGCAUCGAGGAAGGGAACAUUCUCACCUCGAAACAGAAGUGAGGGCCUCGGGGUGGCCUGUCCCCCGAGACGGGCGCCCGCGGCCGGCCCACCGAGCUGGGGCCUGGGAGCACGGGGCAGGUGCCUGAAAACACGAAAACGGUGUCCAUGGCUAGAGACUUCAGGGUCAGUGGGAGCCCCCACGUGGGCUUCCUGCAGACCCCGUGACGGGACCAAAAGCAGAAAAAGCACAAAGAAAAGCAGACGGAGGUGUGGCCGUGCCUUUCUGGGCGGUGGGGCGUGGAGGGGGUGCUGGAGACCGGGCUGGGAGUGGGGAGGAAGCACCAGGUAGGUCCUGUUCUCCUGGUCUCGGCCUGCAUCCUGAUGCCCACGCACUGACCCAGGGACAGAGGCUCGGGAGGUGAGCCCUUCCCAGGGCACCCAGGCUUCUGCGGGGUCCCUAGAGGAGAGCCCAGCCGCAGAGACCCCCGCAUCCAGUUCCCACGCCUCAGCGCUGGUUGUGACCUCGCCUCGGUGGAGCCACCUGCUGGUGGUCCUGGGCAGUCACAGGCUCCUCCCUACUUGCUGAUUCUUGGCUCUUUCAAAAGAAGGGAGAAACCACUAUCAAAGACGGGAGGAAGGAGCAGGUACCAGGUGCUUCCUUUCCAGAAUUUAAAAAAGAAAAUGUAUUUGGUUAGGACACACCACGGACUUAUCACACCUGGACAGGCUGCUGUGCCAGCUGGUCAGGAGGUGGAGACGCCGCUGUCUUAGAGGAGCCCCUUUUCCUCGGAAGACCUCGUCCCAGGGACUCGGUGCGUGAUGCGUGAUUGACAGGAGAGAAGGCAGAACAGCAGCCCUGCUGGGCCUGGAGCCACCACCUGAGCUCCCGGCCGGCUCCGCCCCUUCUUACUGCCUCUCUGGGCGGGGAGAUGGGACGUGGGAGUGGGGCAUCAGAUUGAAUGGUCUCCAAGGGCAUUUUCGACUGUGACCUUUGGCGUCCUUUGUCAGGUAGAGAUAGGGGUGUGGGUGGGGACCCACAGACCAACAUUGCACGGCUUCCGAGUGUGGCUUCUAAGGUGCGUUGAGCAGCUACGGGCCCAGCUGUGCGGACUGCCCGGCUGGUCUGUUCAGUCGCCGCCCUCCAGGACGCCACCGUGUGGGAAGAGACGCCCCCUCCCAGGUGGAGUGCAUCCGUGGGCUUAGACCUCUGCCCCCUGCCCUCGGAGCUGGGACAGCAGUGGGUGGGGCCUGGACCGCUGGCCAAGUGACGCGGGGAAACCGCCUGCACUGGCCCCACCGCCCGGGCGACCGAGUGAGCCCAGGGCAGCGCCUGCCCGGCCCCCGAGGCCCAGGCUGGUCAGCAGAGGGCACCGGCUGCGUGCGCCCGGCAGCUGCUCCCGAGUGUGGCGUGCUUGUCCGGGCCAGCCAGCUCCCGGAGAGGCGGCGGCUUUUUUGCCGAGUAAGCGCAGGGGCUGGCCGGCCCCGGGUCUGCAGUGUGCAAAGACCUUGGUCGAGACCUGGGGGCUUGCCACCUUCACGGUGGUCGGGCUCCCUGACGACGUCUCGGGGCCAGCCAGGCGCCAGGCGCUGGGCAGGCUCCGGGUGGGAGGGGGAAGGGGCAGAGGUGGUUCACUGGCAGGGGCUGCUCCGUCGGGGGCGUUUUACACUGCCUCUGUGUGCAUGUCCCCUGCACUUGUGUAGGUCUAUUAUGAAGGGAGCCUAUUCCCGCUCAGCUGGCGCGUGUGGGGUGGGGCCGGGGGAGGCCUCCGCCUGCACCCCGCGGUGGGAGUGACCCGGGGCACCAGGAGGCCUUCCUGAGGGCGGCCAGGGGGCUGGGAAGCCCAGGAAGGGAGAAGGCAUGCCCCGGGCUGGGCUGGGCUGAGUUCUAGGAAGGGUCCUGAGACCCCAGGUCCCCACAGGUGUGGCUCAGACGGGCUGGGACCUAUAGAUCAGGUCCGAGCUUAUCUAGAAGGACCGCACCUGCCAGAGGACUCGCUGCCUCCUUUCCUCCCGCUGAGGUCUGCCCACCCACUCGCCCGUCAGCCCCUGCGCCCGGCCGGCCUGUGAGCCAUGACCGGACGUGUGUCCACUUCAUUCAGGGGGAGACCGGGGACACUGAUGCUGUGAAUGGCCAAGUCGAAUCCGAGGACACACAGGACUGUGGGCUGCAGGGGAGGGGACUGCCUCCAGCUGGGGGCGCGGUGAGAGGGGUAGCUCCACGGAGGUGGCGGUUCAAGCCAAGCCUGGGAGGGUGUCUGGCAGCGAGAACCACGUUUUGCAUCACUGGGAACUCAGAGUGUCCAGUUCCGUCUGGGAGGGGGAGAGAGGGAGGGAGGAAGGAAGCAGCAGGUGCAUGGGGGAGGGGUGGGGCCGAUCGCACACGUUCUGGAGCUCUGAGAGGCAUGUUUGAGGACGCCUGCCCUCGGUGCAGGUGAAACCGCACUGUCCCCACGAAACCCAGGCCCGUGUACACUGCCCACGCCUCCCCGAGGGGCUGCACGCACUGUGGUGGUGGUGGGGGGGGCAUUUGGCCACUUGUCCACUUAGAAACCUUCCUGUGCCUCCUGGUUUUGACAGGACCACGUUCAGGACUGUUGCGCACCUCGGAUUCUCUGAUUGGGAGUGCCACCCGACGGGCCCCUGUGCUGGGCCCCCGGUACCAGGGCUGGGGGCUGGUGUGGCCCAGAGGCCUGGUAACCUCACAGCAUGCGCGGCGCGGCCUUCUCCCGGGCCUGGGGAGGCUGCAGUUCAGCACCGUGGACACUAGGUGGCAGCAGUGGAAAGCGCUUAAAGAGGCACCUGAAGUUCUUGCUCUGCACCUGCCUCCACUUAGUUCCUCCUCGGCUUUGGAAGGAACCCCCCACCGGUGGGCUUACCCCAGAAACCUCACUGGGUAGACGGGCUCUGCCCCUGCCCGGCUAUGGGAUGGAUGCUCGGUGACUACCGGGAGGUGGGGCUGAGGACCAAGACCAGGGCCACCGGCUGCCAGCACCGUUUGUUGGAGGGAGGGGCUGCAGUGUGGUCUGAGCGGCCGGCGAGGCUACUUGGCCUUUGCAGUCGGCCCGGGGAGUGGGGCAGGGGCAACCGGAGGGGGACGGGUGCAGCCAGAGGUCUUAGCCUCUUCUGAGGACCCGCAGGAGUAUUUUCCCACCCGGCCGUGUCCCUGCGCACUGGAGACGCGCGUCUGGACGGCCCAGGAUACACCGCCCCCGGGGGCCCCGCCCUGGGCCCGCCGCCACCCUGCUGGAAGGGACUGAGGGCGAGGUGGCUACCAGAGGGUACGGCAGGGGACCAGCAUGUCCCGAGCGCCCACUGUGUGCCCGACUGCUGAGACAUCCGCAUGCCUGCUAUGCGCUCGUUUUGGGUUUACGCAGGAUUCCCGGGGGCAGGGUGGGCUCUGCUGGGCUGAGUUCCGGGUUCGCACCCACGCUGCCGUCUCGACUGCUGAGCUAGGUGUUCUGGGGUCCCUGCGUCUCCCCGCACUGGUUUUCCCGUUUGUGAGACGAGGCUUUGUCCCAUUUCCAUGUGGGGACUCAGGUCGCAGGACCUUCCCUGGGGAGGUGCCGUGGGUUCACAUGCCCAGCACUGCGCGAGGACGCAGUGGUGCCAGGCCCCCGCGGUCUCACCCGUGAGUGUAGGCGGGUGUCUCCUCGUGUCCCGGGACCCGAGACGCUGUUAUCCUAGGGGACAGGUGUUGAGUGAAGGCUGGUGGGAACGAGGAGGUGUGGGAGGAUGGGGAAGGUGAGAGAGAGGAGGGGAGGGCGGCCUGGCAGCGGGAGCUCCCGAGCGCUGGCGGGGCACAGGGCGUCUGCCGCAGACGCCCGGCCCCCCAGCCCAGGAGAGGCGGGCUCCUGGGACGCAGCCCGGGUCCUGCAGGGACAGGGACUGCAGAUUCUCUGACCCUCCGCCCUGAGGGGCAGGCAGUGCAGGGACCGGAGUCCAGGCCGCUGUCCCCGGUGUGCGUGGAAUCUCAGGUGAACCGUGGGGACAGGAGGAGCGAAGCCCCACAUUCCCCGGGAGCGAAGGGAAGGGACCAGCCUGCAGCUCAGGGGUGCGCUGACCACAAGAGGGGGCGGAGCCCGCAUUCCUUCGGGGCCGGGGACAGACACACAGACUCCAGGGAGCCUGGGAAGUGAGGGGGUUGUCCGAGGUCCCCAAGUGCAUGAAGCCCGUGUCCAGGCCAAACACCCUGUCUCCACCACGUGACGGAGAAGGAAGGAGCCCGCUUUGCUGCCGAGGAUGAGGGACGAGGAUGGGUGAAAGGUCCUCACUGUCGGAGGCGGGGCCACUGGGCUUCAGCAGGUAGGGGGCGCUACUGCGUCAUACACUGAGGCUGGGAGGCUGGGGUGCCUGCCUGCCGGCCCCACGGAACCCGCAGGCCCAGGGAGCGUGGUCGGACGCCCUGGGGAGAAUCCCAGGCAAGGGCCGCCGGCGUUACAUCCUCAAGGGCGCCGUUUUGCUCAGCGCUGUUUUGGGGGCAUGGGACACAAGGGUGGGUGGGUCCCCCCAGGGAGCAGGUUCCCGGUAUCAGCAGCUGGGGAGUCAGAGGCCACUUGUUUUUCCUUUGGACACCACCGCCUCAACCGUCACCAAUCAGGUGACUGUCCCCGCACCAGGGACAGUCCCUGCUGUGUUCCAGCAAUGGGACCCCGGAGACAAAAGCAGUUACAAAUCCACCUGCAAACAAAACAAUGACAAGCUAAUCCUGAAACACAUUUCACCUAAGUUUUUGGAGUUUUUUGAAGCUAAGAAAAAUGUUUAGGAUUACUGUAAGUCAGUAUUUAUAAACAAAAGUGUGUUUAGAAUAGUUUUGUUUACCUGAUUAAAU